ACCAACCUUGAUCGUUGGCUCCCUCGCACCUCUUUUAGGUGGCUGCGCAUUUGCUGAGAGGAACAAGGAAGUGGAAGCGAGCUUGAGGAUGACGACGGUGUGGCAGAUGCUGCUGCUGCUUCAACUUCUAUGGCAAGCUUCAGCAUCUACCGCUCGCAUAGCGCGGGAAGGAUGCCGAGAGCGGUGCGGAGACGUUGAAGUGCCCUACCCUUUCGGCAUGGGCGACGGCUGCUUCCUAGAAGGAUUCGAUGUCACUUGCAACUCCUCAUUCAAGCCUCCCAAACUAUUUCCCGGCAACGGCAACGUCGAGGCACUGAGCAUAAGCGUUGACGGCCUCAUGCAGAUCAACCAUUUCAUCGCUCAUGACUGUUACGACCGGAACGGCGUGAGGACCCGGAGAAAUCAACCAUCGAUUGACCUGAGCCAGAGGCCAUACAAGUUCUCGGAUGCCAGGAACAAGUUCGUCGGCAUCGGGUGUGACACUGAAGCCUACGUUGUCGAUGUUGACAAAAAAUUCUCGACUGGAUGUGCCUCCUUGUGCAAUAACAUGAGCUACGUGAUCAACGGGACCUGCUCCGGCAUCGGCUGCUGCGAGACGAGCGUGCCCAAGGGGCUCAGGGCCUUUGAUAUAUGGCUACGGAGUUACUACAACCAUAGCGGUUGUUGGAGCUUCAGUCCCUGCAGCUACGCCUUUUUGGCAGACCAUUCGUUCAAGUUCAAUGCGUCCACGUUCUUCAGCUAUGACAAAGUCGAGACACUGCCGGUGACGCUGGAAUGGGCCAUCGGAAACAAGACAUGCGAAGAAGCUCGAACCGACAAGGAUUUUGCUUGUGUCGCCGAGCAAAGCGAGUGCGACGACUCCACCAAUGGCCAGGGGUACCGCUGCAAUUGCUCUCGAGGCUACGAAGGGAAUCCCUACCUCGAAGAUGGAUGCAAAGACGUUAAUGAAUGCGAGGAUGAAGCUACGAAUCAGUGCCUUCAUCAGUGCCAAAAUACUCAAGGAAGUUAUUCCUGUAUUUGCCAGAAGGGAAUGAAGGGGGAUGGUCGAAAAGAUGGAACCGGAUGCAGCUCUAAAUUGCCUUAUCUUCAGAUGGGCUUAGGUCUGGGCUUCUGCAUCCUCUUCCUAGUUGCUAGCAUUUCAUGGCUAUAUUGGAUUACAAGGAAAAGGAGGCUGCUCAAGCUCAGGGAGAAGUUCUUCGAACAGAAUGGUGGCCUUCUGCUCCGACAACAAAUCACUCCACUGGGAGGAGCAGCGAACGCAUUAAGAAUAUUCACAUCAGAGGAGCUUCAAAGGGCAACCGAUAACUACGAUGAGAGUCGUAUAAUCGGCAAGGGGGGUUUCGGCACGGUGUAUAAAGGAGUCCUGUUGGAUCACAGGGUAGUGGCCAUCAAGCGAUCCAAGAUCUCCGACGAAGGUCAAAUCGAGCAGUUCAUCAAUGAAGUCGUCGUUCUUUCCAACAUAAUCCACAGGAACGUGGUGACGCUCUUGGGCUGCUGCCUCGAGACGGAAGUGCCAUUGCUGGUCUACGAGUUCAUGUCAAACGGAACCCUGUCGCAGCACCUCCAUGACGAAGGUCACACAGCAUCGUUGUCGCUGGAUAGCCGGCUAAGGAUCGCCGCAGAAUCCGCUGAAGCAUUGGCCUACCUUCACUCAUCGGCUGUCACACCGAUCAUUCACAGAGACGUCAAGUCUUCCAACAUACUCCUGGACGAGAAUUACACCGCUAAAGUAUCAGAUUUCGGCACUUCCAGGUUGGUGCCGUUCGAUCGAAGCUGCCUUAUCUCGUUGGUGAGGGGAACGUUUGGGUACUUGGACCCCGAAUACUUCCACACCGGGCAGUUCACAGACAAGAGCGACGUUUACAGCUUCGGAGUUGUUCUUGUAGAGUUGUUGACGGGAGAGAGAGCCAUCACGGGGAGAAGGUCGGCGCAGGGGAAUGGCAAUCUCGCGAGCUACUUUGUUGUCUGCAUGAAUGAGAAUAGGCUCAUGGAGAUUCUGGAGAAUCGUGUGGUGCAGGAGGGAAGCAUGGAGAAGCUGGUGGCGGUAGCUGAGCUUGCCAAGAGAUGCCUGCUGCUGAGGGGGGAGGAGAGGCCAACCAUGAAGGAGGUGGCCAUGGUGCUCGAUGGCAUCAGAACGUUCCAAAAGCACCCAUGGGUGAAGCAGAGCAACGAGACCUAUGAACCUUUGUUGGGUCAGCCUUUGCUGGCUCAUCCAACACUACUCUGCAGCGCCAGUGGCACACUCAGCGAAUGCGAUUCUUCCUACAGUGCCAUGGUGCCAUUAAACAUCAUGAGAUGAUGAUAUCAGUUGAGAUGCUCCGUAUCUGAAUCGACGAACACGUUAAACAAGUAGUGUACAGACACUACGUGUAAUUAUAUAGUAGCACUGUCAUCAUUUGUGAGUUGUUUAUGAAACUCUAAAUCUGCUUUCUACCGAAAGGCUGAGAUAUUGCUGCCGAUCAAGAGCAUCCUAUCAAUUAUAUAUCAUGUCCUUUUUGUCCAAUGAA